AUGCUGCCGCCGGGGCGCAACGGCUCCGCGUACCGGGCGCGGUUCGGGCAGCAGCAGCGGGCGCCGCGGGGCGCCGCGGGGGGCGCGGAGGGGGCGGCGGCGCUGGGGCCCGCGCAGGUGGUCACCGCCGGCCUCCUGACCCUGCUCAUCGUCUGGACCCUGCUGGGCAACGUGCUGGUGUGCGCGGCCAUCGUGCGCAGCCGCCACCUGCGCGCCAAGAUGACCAACGUCUUCAUCGUGUCUCUGGCCGUGUCCGACCUCUUCGUGGCGCUGCUGGUCAUGCCCUGGAAGGCGGUGGCCGAGGUGGCCGGAUACUGGCCCUUUGGGGCCUUCUGCGACAUCUGGGUGGCCUUCGACAUCAUGUGCUCCACCGCCUCCAUCCUGAACCUGUGCGUCAUCAGCGUGGACCGCUACUGGGCCAUCUCCAGGCCCUUCCGCUAUGAGCGCAAGAUGACCCAGCGUGUGGCGUUGGUCAUGGUCGGCCUGGCCUGGACCUUGUCCAUUCUCAUCUCCUUCAUCCCGGUUCAACUGCAUUGGCACAGGGACAAGGCGGACCCCUGGGGCGGAGUGGAGCCGCCCUCGGUCCUGGCCAACGGGACGCCCUGGGAGGACGCCGGGGAGCCAGAGGCGAGGGCGGAAAACUGUGACUCCAGCCUGAACCGCACAUACGCGAUCUCCUCGUCGCUCAUCAGCUUCUACAUCCCCGUGGCCAUCAUGAUCGUGACCUACACGCGCAUCUACCGCAUCGCCCAGGUGCAGAUCCGCAGGAUUUCCUCCCUGGAGCGCGCCGCGGAGCACGCGCAGAGCUGCCGCAGCCGCGCAGCCUGUGCCCCUGACACCAGCCUGCGGGCAUCCAUCAAGAAGGAGACCAAAGUCCUCAAGACCCUGUCGGUGAUCAUGGGGGUCUUCGUGUGCUGCUGGCUGCCCUUCUUCAUCCUUAACUGCAUGGUCCCCUUCUGCAGCGGACGCCCCGAGGGUCCUCGGGCGGGCUUCCCCUGCGUCAGCGAGACCACCUUCGACGUCUUCGUCUGGUUCGGCUGGGCCAACUCCUCGCUCAACCCGGUCAUCUACGCCUUCAACGCUGACUUCCGGAAGGUGUUUGCGCAGCUGCUGGGGUGCAGCCACCUGUGCGCCCGCACCCCCGUGGAGACAGUGAACAUCAGCAACGAGCUCAUCUCCUACAACCAGGACACCGUCCUCCACAAGGAGAUCGCAGCUGCCUACAUCCAUAUGAUCCCCAAUGCCGUGACCCCGGGGGACGGCGAGGUGGACAAGGAGGAGGAGAGCCCUUUCGACCGCAUGUCCCGGAUCUCUCAGGCGUCCCCCGAUGGUGACCCUGCUGCCGAGUCCCUCUGGGAGCUGGACUGCGAGGGGGAGAUUUCGUUGGGCAAAAUAACACCUUUCACCCCAAACGGAAUCCAUUAA